AUGUCUCGUCGUUCUAGUAGAAGGUCUUUAUCACUAGACCAGAAGUCCAGGUCCAAGAUUCUGUCUGAAGUACUCGAAAGUCGUUCGAGUACAAAUGCUACUGCUUCGGGAAUUGAUGUUUCCGUGGAAGAAGAUGAAGAUGAAGAAUUAGAAGGAGGAGGGAAUGUUGAUAGAGCAGACGAAGGGGAAGAAGAGGAGGAGGAGGAGGAGGAGAUAACAAGAUGUAUAUGUGGCCAAGACGAACUUAGUCAAGAUCGAAUCAACCCGGCUUUGGCACACUUGUUGAAAAAGGAGUUUAAAAUAGACAUUGACCAAGGGUUAUUUAUACAGUGUGAUAAGUGUAGUGUUUGGCAACAUGGCUACUGUGUUGGCUUGUACGAAAAUGACGACGUACCUGAUAAAUACUGGUGUGAGCAGUGUAAGCCAGAGCUCCAUAUCAUAGUUGAUUAUGAUACAUAUCUGGAUCGCACGUUGUACAAGCCUGUAAAUGAUAAAAGGAAAAAAAUUGAACAAUUUGGAAUCCGUCAACAAGCUAAUCAUAGCAACGAAAUUAAACUGGAGGCCACUGAUGUAAGCAAAAGCAGCAACGGCAACAACAACAACAACAACAACAACAACAACAACAAAAAUAAUAAUAACAACAAUAAAAACAACAAAGACACUGAAAACAUCAAUGCCAAUACCAACGAUAGCAGUAGGGGCAAUAUCAAUAGUACUAAUAAUCAGAGCACAAGCACAAGUAGCAGCGCCAGCACUAGCGGUAAACGCAAGAGGAAUGAACGGGGUUUGCUGAAUGCAUCUAAAGAACGAAGAACAGAUCGAAGAUACCACUACCAACGUGAUGACGCAGAUGAAUACGACAAGCAGUUGCAAAAGGCCUUGCGCGAAAGCGCAAAGGAGUCUGGCUUAGUUGCAGAGGAACUGGAAACCGGUAGGCUGUCCCCUAGAAAAAGGUCUAGCAGAAAUACUCAGGAUUCAAUAACGAGUGCUUCGAGAAACUCACUUGGGCUGUAUAGUGAUGGUGAAAAUACCAGGUCAAAACGUUUCAAGACAGAAAAUGCCGCAGCAGAGUUGCAUUCUGAUGGGAGUGAGUCGCAAGCCAAUUCAACUGACUUGUCGAGGUCAAAGUAUAAUAGGUCCAAAAAGAGGAGUGAGCGAGGCAACGGCAGGGCACAUUCUGCUUCUGCAUCUGCUUCUGCAUCUUCUUCAACAACAUCGGUAGCAUCCGCAGCAGAGAAGUAUGGUAAAAGAAGUGCUAAAAAAAUGGAUUCAAAUGAUUUAGUAGCAUCAAAUGCUACAGCCAAGGAAGAAAUAGUCAAGCAACCAUUCAAGCCAAGAUAUGUUAGUGGAAACUCCUCAUUCUACGAUUUGCGCAAACGGACUAGUGCAAUUAUCGAAUGGAUAGUGAGAACUCAUCAUGAUCUUUUGGAAGAAAAGGCACAGAAAUUGGAACUUUUUUCUUUUGCUCCAGAUUCGGAAGUUGUGAGAGAAGAAAAGACAGCAUUGGAAAGAUCUUUUGAUGAGAAUUCAGCAAAGAUUGAAAAUCUUCGUACCAAAAUCAACGAAUGGGAGUCCAAAUUUGGAAAAUACGCAGCACUGUAA